ACAUGCUGCUUUCAAGUGCUGUCAGGUAAACCGUAAAUAUGACCGACCCAGGUGACGCCGGAACACUGUCGAAGUGGUUUGAACACAAAUGUAUUUUGAGAUGAUUGUAUGAAGUGAUGAUGUGAUCUUGGCCAGAUAUAUAACCACAACAUUUGUAUAGACACAAGAGGCAAAUCACAAAGCCUGCAGCGUAAGUACCGUCAUUUCCUAACCUAUCCAUCUUGGCGUCCACCUCUGUACGGUUAAUUUGGUGGACCAAUCACGUCGCAGCAUUGAGGUUUGUGUUAAAGCCAAAGUGGAAGCACCCAAAUAUCUGGGUUUCACGUGACGUCACAGGGCGAUGUUUGUCAGCACGCAAAAUCAGAUGGAGGGCAGGAAGUGAACCGACUGGAGGAAAAUGCCGAUGUGUUGUGUAGUUUACGGCCGUGCCAAUCGUUCUAACCGAGAGAAGGAAAAGCGAUUUUUUUUGGAGUACCGAAUAUAGUCGUCCACAAAGGUCAGAAAUGGGAAAAGCCGACAGAACGACGCCGUAAAAAGUGGAUUACAAACCUGUUUGAGGUCGGGAGGAGCAAAAUUCGCUAAUGCUCAUGUCUGCAGUGAACACUUCGACAAAGAGCGUCUAGAACAACCAAAUACACAACAAAACCUGCCCAUGUUUCUCCGAUUCUACUGAAGUCAAUGACAUAUUGUGCCCGGUGUCAUGGCGGCGUUCCACAGGUCGACUUGGUCACUGGAGUGGAGAGUUCAGACAGCUCCUCGUCCCUGGGCCUGGUCAUAGACACGUCCUACAGCUCUGGUGAUCAGCCCAUGCUAGUGGAUUCUUCCAGCACUUUACCUUCUCCAGAAAUUUUCAGAGAUGAAAAACAUAAUCUGCUGCAAUACUGCAGUUACAGUACAUACAUGGCAGAACCUACAGUUCGUGUCACAUCCCCAGGAGAUGCUGAUGACAUCACCUGGGAAUCGAGAACUUUCCCCAUGGACCUCACAGACUCACUCAUGCCCAAGAACUCCACUCUGCUGGACCUGAGCCAGGCUGAGACCAUCCACACGCACUCGCCGCCCAACCUGUCCACCAUCAUGGAUGCCCCCACAAUUCUUGCAGAAAAUGACCCUCAGGACCUCGUCUCAAACCAAAGGGUGUCAGACAACGGUGAAAUAUUAAAAGCACAAACACCACCAGCUCAGCUUCUCAUCAAAAAAAUGUGUUUCAAAAAGCAGGUGUGGUUCCGAAGUCCUUUAUUUUCUGAAAAAAUAAAAAACACACCAAGGCCCAAACCGAGAAGUAAAGAGAAGAUGAGAAGGCGUGCCCCCUCCAGCCCUCAUCAGAACAUAGAGCCCGAGGUGAUGAACACAGAGACCGAAGACAUCGAUGGAGGAGUGUUUUUUGACUUUGCCUCCAACUCUGAACAGGAAAGUUACUUCUCCAAAAUGAGAAAAAGAUGUUCCAAACUCAACAGUACAAUCAUAUUUCCUUUGACAGCAGCGAAGGGAAACUAAACAUGAAGUAAGUUUUUUCAGUGCAUUGCCCAGCACCUGCUUGUCUCUAUGGAGAUGUAAUUGCUUUUCCUGGAAUGUUCCACACUAUGGCCAAGGACAUAACAUAAAGCCAAGUCACAGGUAAGAUCUGUGGAGAGGUGAUCCAUCUUAUGGUGAGAAUGCAUGUUUUUAACAUACUAUUUGCAAUAAGAAACACUACUUCACAAAAUGCAAGAUGAGUAAGUUUAAUGCCAUACUGUAGGGCUGGGUAUCAUUAAGAAGUUGCCGAUACGAUACAUACCUCAAUACACAGGCCACGAUACGAUACAUAUCUCGAUGCAGUGCACUUUCAAUUCGAUACGAUAUAUUUCAAAUCGAGUCGAUACUGUUCAAUAAAAAUAAAAGCUAAAUCAUGACUUUAACACUAAAAGUCUUUGUUAAACCACUUUUUGUGCGAAGUUCAUAUGAAACACAAACAUUUUAAUCAUCAAAACAGUGAAAAUGUCAAAUGUGUUGCAUAAACAAGUUUCCUUCCACUAAAUAAACAACAAAACUGUAGCAUUGUAACAAAAUAAUUUAGUAAAAUGAACCAAAAAAUACUCUUGGGGAUAUAUCGAUACAUCAGCCCAUCGAUACUGCAUCAUCACAUUAAACAAUACGAUAUAUCGAUAUUUUUAUAUUUUUGCACACCCCUACCAUACUGUGGAACAUUCCAGGCAAGCAAUAUCAUCUCCUUUAGAAACAGGCAGGUUGUGGACCAUGCACCAAAACGUUACGUGAUAACACACCUUUAACAUCUUAUAUAACUCUAAAUAGUCUUAGAUGGAUGAAAAUUGUUUAAAAUGGAAGUUAAAAUUGCUUGAAAUGUGAAUAUUAUAUUUUGGAACAGUUUCAUUAUUCAGUUGGACAUUGUUUACCCAGUUCUUUUUUUUUUUUUUUACUCAUAGAUGUUUAUACUGGUAGCCUAUACAAAAUUGAUAUUUUUGUUUUGUGAAGCCAAACGAUCUCUUUAGAAAUAUGCUCCUUUAAAACAAACGUUGUAGACUUAAAUAAAUCUUGAAAUCUGUUGUUCAGUAUUCCCGCAAGUUCAUGUGAGGUUUAAAAAGAAAAAGAAAAAAAAAAAAAAAAAAGGAAAUAUUGUCAAAUCAUAGUGAGUCUGUGUUUAUGUGUCCAUGACUAUUUGACCACUAGAUGUCACUCUUGCUUUACGAGCUAAACUUGCUUAUGUCGUUGUCUUGUCUCUGUUGGCCGAUCUUCUGUUAUGCUGUUGUGCAUUUUUCACAUUUUAUUGUGUGUCCUUGAAUAAAUGUCAUGCCGUAAGAUAUUUUUGUGAACUGCGAUUGAAUUUGUUAAGUAAAACUAUGUUGUUGUUUUUUCUUUAAAUGUUUAUUUCAACUGUUAGUGGUAGUUCUUUAUUUCAACUGUUUCAACUAGGCAUACUUCAGUUGACUUAUUAUCUUGAUGGCCUAUUUUUAUUGAAGUUGCACAUGAUUUACAUAUUCAAAUGCGUUAAACUAUAGCCUUAAAUAGAUGAAAAGUUACGUGAUAACACACCUUUAACAUCUUAUAUAACUCUAAAUAGUCUUAGAUGGAUGAAAAUUGUUUAAAAUGGAAGUUAAAAUUGCUUGAAAUCUGAAUAUUAUAUUUUGGACCAGA